AAUGAAGAUGUUGCUUGCUAUGUUGCUUGCUUGCUAUAAAAGCGGUACGAUGGUUCUUGUGGUAUUUGUGCUUGCGGUAGCAUUAAGAAUUUCUGAAACAAUUGAAAUUCUUGGAAUUUGUGCAAAUGUACAUUAGAAUUAUGCAUAUCCAGGCAUUGUGUGUCGUGUUGUUGUUUUGUUCACCAUCUUUCAACCCAAUUUCGAUUAUUCUACCCACGAGAAGCUCGGCAUCGGCAUCUCAUCCCGAUCAUGAUAUGAAAUGAAAUCACCUGUGCUACGCAUUUAUUUUGAUCACAAUCUCUUUCAUUGAAAUGACUCUCCCGAAAUGUUGCAUAUCCUUAUCGUAAAAGUGGAACACAAUUUUUUGGAGCAGAAAUGAAAGAAGAAUCUUCAUGCCUGCUUUUGGCUGGGUCGUUCGUGUCUCUGAAUCUCUAACAAUGUUAAUGUUCCACCCUAUGCAUCCAUCCAAGGAGAUCUACGCACUCUCGUUCGUCUCAUCUUCUUCGUCUCACUUUUCUUGUUUCUUCUUCUUCGUCGUCGUCGCUGCUGCCUGUCAAUCUAAAAUUAGAGUUGCCUGCAAAAUUCCUCGCGAAUCUUCUUCCUCCACUUCUUUUGCUUGGUCCAACUUUUGCAAAUUCUAAAACUUGUUGGCAGGGAUUUCAUCUUGUUUCUUAUCAUAUGUGGAGAUUCGGAUCGACAAAGAACACAUGUACGAAUUUAUGUAAGGCAAGAGGAAGAGAAUUCUUGGAUUUUUGCCGGAGCUUCAACUUCUUUUCUCUCUUCUUCUGCAAAAGAGUAUUAAGGUUUCGGAUAAGUUGGCUGGCAUUUACGAAUGGAAACUAUAGUCGGAGAAGAAGACGAAUCAAGUGAGAUUUUGAUGGCGUGUAUGUGUGUGCAGUACUGUAUGGUUGGUAGCGUGAUUGUGGCAUUUGGCAGAUGGGAAGAAGGACACGGACGGACGAGUCGUGGGUGACCUAGUUUCUUCACCAUCUUCCUUCAUCAUUACGAGCGUUGUUGGUCGUGGUAGUCGAUAACUCGUGCUUUUACUUGGUAAUACUACUGCAUUGAUGGUGAGAGUGAGGUACUCGGUUUGGUUACCUCGCGGGUGGUGGUUACAUGCAUAUAAUAAUAAUAAUACUAAUAAUAAUACAUAAUAGUUGUUGAACGCACUACUCGGAUCAAAUUGACGAGUUUCUCUGUUCUGCAACUUCAUCACUCGUAGUUCGAGAGCUGCCACCAGUAAUGUAACCAUUAUGGAAAUCGUAAUCAUAAGCAGUUGGGCAGGACGUGUAAAAAGAAAUGUGACAUUUCUGUACUUUCCAGAAGAACAACUUGCUACAGAGGAUCUCAAACGUACAAAGACCAAAAGGAAUGAGAAUGACAGCUGCUGCCACUGGAAGCAGCUCGUGAUCUGACAUCCUCCUCUCUGGUGCGGUGUUCACCUCCAUCUCACCUUGUGGACUGCUCCCGUGACGACAACCAAGACGAAGAAGAACAAGAAGCGAUCGAUAAGCAGGAAAAGCAAGAAGAGUGGUUUCAUAGAGUUGGCCAAGUCUGUGUUGGGAAGAAGUGGAAGAUUUUCUCUGAAAGAACACCCGACUCUAAUAUUACCUAAAUCUACCAGUGAGGAAGACGCAGAAGAACGAACCAGAGAGACCAAACUUUACUAACACGAAAAAAGCCUUGGUUCCCUUUAGUAUUUCAUCAUCAUCUACGUCUCUCCACCUGCAAAUUCUUGAAAGCUCAGGGAGAUUUCUCUCCGGCUGGACAAAGUGAGAAGUAAAAAAUAAGCACAUAUAUUUAUUCAUUUCCCCGGAUUGGACGACGACUGAACUGUUCUGAAUUAUAAGGUGAAGGCUGACCGUGAUGGUAGGGAAGAAAAAGGCGUGUAGUAAGCAGAAAUCUUCCUCCUCCUUAUUUUCUUCUUCGUCCCGGAAAUUCGUUUGUGAAUCUUGCGGCUAUGCCACCGUAUUGAAAGCCCGCUUCACCAAACAUGUUAAGUAUCAUUCCAUGCCUUAUAUCAAAUGUGAAUUUUGCGACUUCCGUACGCAAUACACGUGGAAUUUGGAUCGGCAUAUGAAAAAUCACAACUCGUUGGGGAAAAUGGAGUGUCCUCUCUGCAAUUUUACGUGCGAUAUGAAGCAGAGUUUAACCAGCCAUGUGCAAAAUCAUCAUAACAAUGUACCGGAAGAAGUUCUGGCUCAGUUUCGCACUAAUGGUGCCUCCUCGCCGAGAAAAUCUCCAGAGUCCUCAGAACUUGACGGUUAUCAAGAUCAACAGAACAAGGACCACGGCUCCUGUCCACCUGAUCUCAAGCGUUUAAAGAAAUCAAACGAACAAGAAGAUCGAAGCCUUUUCAUGAAAAAGUUUUACAAGUGCAAGUUGUGCAAUUUUAACGCUCUGUCAGAGAUGAGUCUAAACAGACAUGUUAUUCAAAGUCAUCCAUCGUCGGCUGUAGCCUCUUCUGCGUUAACAAAAAUUCCUAAUCUGCUACAAAAGAUAAAAAUCCGAUCUCCGAUGCCAGUCUUGUUAAAAAAUUCGUCUGAAAUCUCUGGUUGUUCACCAACUGUAGUGAAGACCAAACCUAUGCCCAGUUUAAUUCCAAUACCAAAAGGGGUAUCAUCAUAUCAAACAAAAUCUAGUCCUUCCAAUGCAGAAAAAUCGGAUUGUGAUUCUGCUCAUGACGAUAAAAACCAAGUAUACGAGGAUAUAUCAAAGGUCCAGUUUCUCCUUCAGUUAGGAUUGAAUCCGAAACCACGACCGGAAGUGCAUGAAUCCUUAGGAUCCCUUUAUAAUGACAUCAAACCAUAUUAUAGUUCAAAAAGAAUCCAGCCCCAACGAAGAACGUCAUUCUUUGAGAAACUUAGCAAGAAGCUAACCUCCAACAACAAUAGUCAAAUCAGUAAUGAUCUAAGUCAGACCUCAUCAGUUAUUGCCCCUCCUUCUUCUCCUCACCCUUCGACAGCAUCGAGCAGUAUUAUGAAUAGUAGAAACGGGAACACUAUUAACAGUAUUUCAAUUACGUCAAACUCGACGAGAUGCCAGUAUUGCAGACAUAGGUGCAAAACCUCAGCAGAUCUCAUAAACCACUUAGAAUCUUGUAGAGAAGCAAAACGCUUUCUUGUUGAAGAGGAACAAAACGAACAACUUGAAAAAAUUGAAGAAAAUCAAAUAUUUGUGUGGACUGACGAGAAUGGAGGAAAUGUGGGAGAUUAUGCCAAUGUCGAUGAAGAAAAUGCGGACGAGCAAGAUACGCAAGAUAACAUGGAAGGUCAGGAAUUUUUUCACAACUUUGAAAGUUUCUCUGGACUAACUGUAGAUCUUGAAAAUGAUGGAGAUUAUGAAGAGCAAAUGUCUAGUCCUGCAUCAAUCAAUAGUCCAAGAGGUGCUGUUACCAAGUCUAGAAAAGUUUAUCAAUGUCCGCAAAAGGAUUGUAAAUUUUGGUCAAUUACGGCUUCGAGAUUUCAUGUCCAUGUUGUUGGACAUUAUAACACGAAACCGUUCGAAUGUUCACAAUGCUCCUACAGAUCCAAUUGGAGAUGGGACAUUACCAAACAUAUUAAACUAAAAACAAUGCGAGAUCCGGGCCAUAUUAAAGCUAAAGUUCUUCUUACUCACGAAAGUGGGGAACGCAACUACCGAAAGUAUGACCGAUAUUUGGUCCCUAUGGCGGUGACUUACAAUGCAGAUUCCAAGUUGCCGGAUUGUUCAACGGUGGCGAGUAAAAGAUCCGACGUAGAAGUUGCCCAUUCGCCUUCACCACCAAAAUCUAGUCCCAGCGCAAAGUCUAAUAGUAAUUCCUUGACAAGGUCAUCGCAAAAUCUCCUGGGGGGAUUGAUAUCAAUGCCAAAACUGAUAAAAGCACCUACGCUUUCAUCUCUGGAGGGAACUUACACAAGUCUAAGACAAGCGUUGAAUUCAGAUUCAUUAAAAGCUAUUACACCUUCUCUUCCUAUUCUGAAACCAAUUAUAACCAUAUCCCCAAUGUUGCCUUCUAAAAGUUCUGCUGGUAGAACUUUUGUGGAAAAACGAAUGUUGGCAGGUGGAGAAAUUUUGCAGAAUAUGCAGGAAUCACUCGGGCGCGAUAUUACAGUCACACCGAUAAUUAGCGGCAAUAGCCAUCAACUACCUGGCGAUAAUAAACCAACGGUGACCUGGAAAUGUAAAAAGUGUCAAUUCAAGCAUUCAAGCAAAGAACAAGUAAUUUUUCACAUCAAUGACACUCAUAAACCAAAAUCUGGUGAGUCGAUGUCUAUCCUGAGCCAAAAUAAUUUGGUUCAAGUGGGACGAUUGGGGACAGGAAUGUUGAAUAGGCAAACAACAACAAAUGCUGAUUAUUGGGAUUGUCAAGAUAUUUCAAUAUCACCAGCCAAGAUUAACUCUCGAAAUUCCGAAUCAUGUGACAAUCAGGAAAAAUUUGGUCAAGUUUAUACUUGUGCCUACUGUCAAGACGAAUUCUCCUCAAGAAAGGAAAUCCAGCAACAUAUUCAGUGCCAUGGAGUAAAUGUGAAUGCUGCAGUACAACCUGUUGGAGACGACGAAGAUGAUGAUAUGGAAAAUGCGUCCGACCUGAUACUUCCGGAGGAAAUAUGUGCAAAACCACGAGGGCUUGCCCAACAGGAUGGUUUGGUAUAUAAGAAGUAUCACUGUCAGGAAUGUCCUUAUGUCACGGAUAGUAAAGGACAGUUCAUUUACCACAAAAAAUUCCACAUUCCUUCUCCAAACGCUCCCUAUAAAUGCAACAAUUGCUCAUACCGAGUAAGCCACAAGCAUCUUCUACAACAACAUGUCCGAGUUCAUCUAUUACAAGACCAUCAGAAUGCCGAAAACUUGUUCGGCAGCGAAAAAUAUUUUAAUGGAGCUGCUGAAGAGGAAACUUUGCUAAAACGCCCACGAGUUCUUUUAUGGAAAGAUGGAAAACCUUUAUCCGUUGUUCGAUGCCGUUUCUGUCCUCAAGUCUUUGUUAGUGGAGAUGAUCUUAUGGAACAUGAGCAACAGCAUGAUGAAGGUCACGGCUCAGAUGAAGGCGAUGACAACGACAACAAUGACCAAGUUCUCAAUUUGAGUAUGAAAUUAGAUCCUAAAAAUUUACUAGUGGGUUCAGAAAAAGACGUUACUGAGAGACUUUCACGCUCACCAACACCAUCAUGCCAAUCCCAGACACCAUUUCUUUACCUUUGUUCUCAAUGUCCUGCAAGAUUCCUGUAUGAAAAAGAGUUGCGAAUUCACCACACCUUCCACGAACGGAAAUAUGAGUUCACCUGUUCUUUGUGUUCUUAUACCGCGAGACAGGAGGUUCCACAUUUAAAGUCGCACAUGAAUGUACACUCUGCCGAAUACCAAGAAAGAACGCUUUCUUUGCUCAAAGGCAAGUACAGGGCUGCUCCAAAACUGACAUUCGAGUGCUGCAAGGACAACAACAAAAGCACCAGUUCCAUUCCACCUCCCCUACGAAAAAUGAAACCAGUAACAAUUUCUCCGUCAACUAAUUCAUCAAUAUCGGAAAAAGGUGACGGUGGACAAGAAGAUACCACAAUGUCGUUUAUAUGUGAUGCAUCACUACCUUGCCGAAGUUGUCCGGCCAGAUUUAACACAUUUGCAAGUUUCUUACACCAUUCUCAACAGCAUGGGAAAACUACGCAGUUUAAUUGCAAACACUGUGAUUUUGGAGCAGAAUCUCGAAAUAAUUUGACACUUCACUCUAUCCUUCACGCAGGAUCGGAAGUUACAAUUGAGCCAGAAAUUGCGGAUGUGGAUAAUUUUGAUAAAUCAGUAAGUAAUCUCAUUCCUCAGCAGAUUCCUACUGUUGUCCCAGGGGCAGACGCCAAUGAUCAUGGUGGUGACCACGAUGAUGGAACAACAGAUUUUUCAGUUGUACGAGCAUAUCAAGGAAACCCAAACUUUCAAUACCCUACAUUCGUGAAAAACGGGAGAGUUAAAAGCAAACGGUAUAAAUGCUUCAAAUGUCCAUCAGCAUUUGAAAAGAGAGAUCAGUACAAGGUGCACAUGGGGCUUCACGGAUCUAUGCAACGCUACAAGUGUACCGUUUGUGACUAUUCCGUCACGUAUUAUGCCAACUUUAUUCAACAUUUGAAGAAACAUUUAAACCAAGAAAAUGUUAGCAAAGAACAAUUAGUUGCCACUCCGUUGAGUAAGAUGGGUAAAAACAUACCAGCAUCUUCUUUACCCGUGGGUGCUCCUUUUGAUUGUGAAGAUGCAGUAAAAAUUAAAAAGGUUGUGCCUCCCCUUGUCCUAAAAGUGCCGAAAACAAUCAUUUCACAAAAAUUGCUGCUUUGUCCCCAUUGCCCAUUUAAAACCGAGAAUGAAAAGACCUUCACUGAUCACGCAAGUUUUCAUGGACGUUCUCUUAAGGAAACAUGUCCCUUUUGCGACUUUUCGUCGAAUGAAAAAGAGUCACUCAAGGAACAUUUACGAGUUCAUUUUGACACAGAUUUUCAGCCAUCAGAAUUAGCGAAAGAUGCAAAACUUCAAAAGAAUAAAAGUGAUGAAGGAACCUCGUCAGAUUCCGAAGAUUCUGAAGUUGACGAUUAUGAAGUUGCUGUGAAAAAAGUCAACAAGAAAAAAGUCCUAGUAAACUCUAAUCCAGAAAUUUCUGUUGAUUAAGUACUAAUAACCCAUCUAUUGGUAUACAAAUAUUACACAAUCUAGCAACAAUUUUUUGUUAAUUGAAUGUGAUUGACGGAAGUGUAUUUUAUUAUUUAGUCAAUUAAUAAGUGAAUAACUGCAUAUUUUAUUGUUUAAAACGGUUUAUAUUUUAAAUAAAUUAAGAAACAUUCUGCAUUGUACGCAUGAGAUAUAUGAUAUGAUGAGCAGUUGACGAAGAUAGAAUAUGGAAUUCUAGUUUUAAACCUUACAAAUACAUUUUCAAUAAAUAAAUUCUUUUUACUUGCGCCUUUAA